GCUGUAGGAAGAGGAAGUUCACUGAACUUUUUGUUUCAGGUGGCUUUAAAAAAAAUAAUAAAAGCUACCUGUCGGGAAACGGGCGUGUAAAUAAUGACAGCGAUGAAUUGUUCCUCCCUGACAUCCAGCCGUUGACAGCCUGACAUGCGGUUGUCGCGAUGCUGUGCUGUAGCGUCCUAGUUCUGCUGCUGCUGUCCCAGGCCGGGGGCCUCCAGCCACCCACGGACGAGGACGGCCUGCCACAGGAGUUCACGCUGCUCCACGUGGUCCAGGGUCACAUCGGCGCCGGGAAUUACAGCUACCUGCGCCUCAACCACGACGGGAGGAUCGUCCUUCUCAUGCGCAGCCUGAAGGGAGACGCCGACCUGUACGUGUCCGACAAGACCCUGCGGCCCAGUUUCGACACGUACAAGCUGCAGUCCACCACCUGCGGCCAGGACCUGGUGGUUGUGCCCGGGGACUUUGUGAGGCCCGUUGGCAUCGGUAUCUAUGGCCACCCAUCCUACCUGGAGAGUGAGUUUGAGAUGCGGGUCUUCUACGACCAGACUGUGAAGCUGGACCCCUUUGAGAAGAUCUCCUCUGAGGAGCCAGGUGGACGCAAGAAGUUCCCCCAGGGCUCCGAGGAGGACUUUCAGGAGGAGGAGUCGAUCUUCUGGACUAUUCUAAUUGGUCUGUUGAAAAUUAUAGUGGAGAUUUUAUUCUGAGCGGGGUUGUAUCAGAAGGCUCGCCACUCUGUCUGUCUCUAAUCACUGGCAGCAACAAGGCCCCCGCCUCCCCGGAUGAACGUUGGUAAUUUAUUCAGGCCAUGCUUAUUAAUAUUCAUAUUUAUAUGAUUCUCCCACACAGAUUGAUACAGUCUUAAUGAUGAGAAGCAUACUAAUCAUGAGGUGAUAUGUUUUGUUCAUCUGUAGAGGAGGUACUGUUCGUCCCUCUAGAGAGAGCUGUCUCCCGUUUCAAACUAAAGUCAAGUAAUGAGUGACCGUAGGAAAUCGGAUUAAAUAUUUUUGGAGGCAAAAAUAUUUUCUAAAAUCCUAGAUGAAGACAUAUGUGCCUAAUGGCACGACUGGCUGAGCAGUGACAUUGUUGCAUGUCAAGUAAUGAGAUCCCACAACUUGUCUUACUUUUGUCUAUUUUUCUAUCUAAGUAGCUACAUCUGAGUGCGCUUAUUCUCGGGGAAACAAUUUUGGCAAUACACCUGUUGCUGAAUAUUUGUACUUCCUUCUGAAAUCUCCAGUUUUCACUUGGAGACGCAGAAAUGCUAACACCCUAGAUUGUCAAUAAUGAACAAUUCAGUUUGAUAACUUGUGUGUUCACUUGUGCCUGUUGGACAAGCUCUCGAUAUCAGCAUCACACCCUUUGGUUGAAUUUAACUUAUGCAUCAAAUAUUGAUUUAACCAAUGAGCAAAAACAUUCCAACAGUGCCUUUCGAACCGUUGUCUUUGGGGUGAACAGCCAUGCAGUUUCAUGCAACUAGUGAUGUGUCAAUACUGUUUCUGAUUAAAGAAAUGAUCUUUGC